AAUGACAAACAUCUCCGAAUAGGAAAGACGGACAAAUAUGUUAAAUCAAUAGAUUUCAGAGAGUUUUAGGUAGUGUACUUAAUUUUCAGAUCUCAGAGAGUUAACAAUCUGGCCCUGAGAAAUCUUCAGCAGAUUCCACAUCGAGUUUGGGUUCCACAAGAUCAACGGUCUGGAGCAACGAACCGUGCUCCCGACAUGCACGUUUUCUGCUGAGCAGGACCCUAUUAUUAUUAUUCGCACAAAUCCCAGUGGAGAGCAUUUGGGUCUUUGCUGUCUGUUGGCGCCAUGAACCAAAACAACAGCUCAUCAUCGUCCAACCCAUGUCCAAUCUGCCUCCACUCCAUCAACCAAGAAGCAUAUCUUGACCGUUGUUUCCGCCCUUCAACCCUAGUCAAGGUUCUCCUCCUUAGUGCAACCAUCUCCAGUCUUCAUUGCAAGUGAUCAAGACAUCUACUGAAAUUUGAAAUAUCCUGGGAAAUUUCUAUGCCAAGGUGUGGAUGGUGAAGAAUUCGUAAGUGCUUUUAGGUGUUUGCUGAUGUUCUACUGGGAAGAAGUGUAUAUGUGAUGGUCCAAGAUUUCAAAGCACUCUUUCAUGUAGAUAAGUUCUGCUAUGAUUGCAUUGCUCAUUGGUCCCAAUGGGUUGCUAGCCAGAGCCGUAACUCCAAUUCCUCUUUACAGUGUCCUCUUUGCAAGGUAGAGAACUUUUCAAUAAUACAUGGUUGUGAUGGGGAUUCUUUCCAACAACAUUAUAUCAACCAGGAUCUUGAAAGGGGCUUUUCUUUUUCGGAAGCUCAUAGAUAUAGAUUACAAUGCUAUUACGGUGAACCGGUUGUCAUAGAUGACAAAUUCAAUGUUCUAAGGUAUUGGAAGUGCCAUAAGUAUCUUCAGCCAAACCAGUGGCUUCAAAGUUGGCUGAGAAGGGAAAUUCAAGCUCUUGUUCAGGAGGAAGAUGUUGACAUCAUUGUGCAUCACAUACUUGGUGUCGUCGAGUCUUUCUUGAGAAGAAAUGAAAGAGAGUGUUUCAAGUGUUCGCCUGAACAAAAACGAGAAGAGUUCAGGGCUUUGGUUUCUGAUGCUGCUGGACGUUUUGUAUUAGGAAAAACGGAUCGCUUUGUAAAUGAGAUGGAACUAUUCCUUGCUUCAGGUUUAAACAUUGAAGCUUAUGAUGAAGUCUACAUGCAGUGCUUGGGCUUGCGUACUUCGGGUGCAACUGGUAGUCCCACGGAAGGAAUACAUGACCAAACACCACAACUUCCGUAUUUGGAUCUCUUUGGUGAGGACAUUGAUGGGUCUGAUUGAAUACAUGUUCUAUAUAGAAAUAAGGUGUUUUCUCCUUUCUAGUAACGGUGGUUCACCAAUAGAUGAUGAUGUAGAACGUGUCACAGAUACAUUCCUAGCAUGGUUGGGGCCAAAAGAAGGUGGACCGUAAAUUGACUGUAACUUUUGAUC